AUGGACCAUGGAUACAAGAAUAGUGGGCGCGGGGCUAGAUCAGAAAGGGAAACCCGAACUAGCAACGCCAUAGAACUAAGGACCCAGAAAAGGGAUGGCAUGCUGCAGAAAAAGCGAUCGCUGAUAUCUGCAGGGGAGGAAAGCACUAGCAAGAUUAACAUACUUGUGGAGCAGGUAAACUCGAAGGACCCAAAUGACAUUAUUAAGGGUGUAACCGAAUUUAGACGGCUUCUAAGCGCAGCCAAAUGCCCUCCAAUUGACACUGUAGUAAUGAAUGGCCUUACGCCUAUUUUUUCAAAGCUAAUAAACCCAGACAACCCAAUAUACACAACAAUGCCUGAAGAUCUCGCUGUGCGAAUUAUGCACGAGUCUGCGUGGGUGAUCACAAACAUUGCAUCUGGAAACACAACCCAAACCAUGGCAGCAGUCAAAGCCGGAGCACUUCCUAAUCUGGUUAAGAUGAUGUACAUUGACAAUCUCAUGCUCCAGGAUCAGGCAAUAUGGGGUAUUAGCAAUAUUGCAGGGGACUGCGAGGUAGCAAGAGACUUUGCCAUUUCUGCAAAUGCGGCUGAUCCUAUGGUAUACAUAAUAAACAAGGAGAUGGAGAAAGAAGAGCUCAACAUUCCUCUUCUGCGAAACCUCGCCUGGGCACUCAGCAAUAUGAAUAGAGGGCGAAACCCCCCUCCGUACAUAUCCCACACAGAGAAGUGCCUUCCUGCCAUAAUUAAGCUGGUUGGUAUAGAUGAUACUGAUAUCAUGGUCGAUGCAUACUGGGCACUAAGCUAUAUGUGCGAUGCUGGAAAAAACCACGCAGAUAUGGUGAUCUCCACUGGUAUUGUGGCGGACUGUGCAGCUCGCUUGUCCGCAUACUACACGGCCGCCAUUCAGGGGGAUACCAUGCAGCUGCAUAUGAAAGAGCAGACGCUUUCUCCCAUCAUCCGUAUACUAGGAAAUAUAGCAACGUACGAAGAUGAGCAGACAGACUAUGUGCUUGGGCUGGGCAUCCUAAGCACCCUAAAAGGGCUUUUCGCACUCCCCUUUGAGAAUAGAAAGGCUGCUAGAGUGAAGAAGGAGAUCUGCUGGCUUAUCUCCAACAUAACUGCAGGAACUCCUGAGCAGGUGGAUGAAGUGAUAAAGCACGGAUUUUUGGAGGUGCUGGUCAACGCAAUGAAGACCGCUGACAAUCUCGUUCGAACUGAGGCAUGCUGGGCGAUCUGCAAUGCAACAAUUCAGGUUGGCGAAGGAACUGAUCACUCAAAGGAAAUAGGUGAAGCAGGCGCAAUUAUUGCAUUCUCAAAGUUCCUUCCCAGUGUCAUGAAUGACACUAAGCUAGUUUCAGUUAUUCUUGACGCGGUUAAAAGUCUUCUAAGCUGGGCUGAGUGCGAGUCUGUGGGUGGCGAUAAUAUAAUUGCAGCCCAGAUUGAAAGCUGCGAUUUGCUGGAGUACAUUGAAGAGCUGCAGGCAGCAACUAACUACUCUAUCGCAAGCAAAGCUGAAGAUAUUAUUCGAAGCUACUUUGAAGGCCAUUAA